AUGCUCGACAACGGUAGCUUACUGGACAUACAGAACGCCCCCGAAAACGAGAAGGCCAAGCGCUACAUACAGCAAUUGGAUGAAGCAAGAUGCGCCGGGCGAUGGACCGACGUCCCUGAGCUAUGUCGCAAGGUCGAGAAGCAUGCGCCGCACCGACGAUGCCUCACCCUCACAGCGCGAUCCGACGCUCAAAUAGCCACCCAUAGUUCGCAAAGGCCCUCGACGGCCUCCUCUACCGCGUCUACUGGCGACCUAUCCAAUAUCAUACCCACACUACUCGCUACAAUCGAAGAAGAUGGCACACAGGGCCAAGAUAUCUUCCAGGCCAACGUCUGCCUGGCUUGGGCUCACUACGUACUGGGUGAGCCAGGACAGGCAGUUGCGCGGCUACCGCAAGACUUUGGGGCAAUGGCGACCCAGCUGUCCGGGGAGUCAGGCACAUUAAGUGGCUGGUCAAAGGUCUGUCUGGUCAAGGGCACAUAUCUGAAGGGCUCUGGGCUAGAGAAGACAGGUGCCAUAGAUGAGGCAGUCAUGACCUACUCGUCCAUGAUACCUUGGCUAUCCUCCAACACCACCCCAAACACUGAAUCAGCCCAGUUCAAAGUGUGGGGCGAACAGUCUCUCGUCCGCCUCUGCCGGCUCUCGGAUCAGUCCGCGGGCACCAGCGAGAAGAUCAACGCGUCCGAUGCUCUCCGUACCUACCGCUACUGGGCAAAGUUCUGGGAUGCAACCUCCAAGAAUGCUGCAUCAGACACCGGCAGCUCAGCACUAUACCGACGAUUAGCAUGGAAGGCAUACUAUGACUCGCUGUCCACGAUCCUCCGUUACGACCUAGCCUACGAACCUGAUUCGACACCUAUCAUCCAAGAGAAGCCAACACCAACCGCCCAGUCCGACGCACGUCUACGGCAAAGAGCAGAACUGAAACGAGUAGAGGCUGUCUACGAGAACUUGUUGAUAAGGGAGACCAAGUUUCCCAAAGCUAGUGAGACCAACCAUGAAGUCGAAGCGUGGGUAGACUCUGUCAUGGACAACUGGCGCCUUCUAUGUGGUCCUAGCUGGAGUGACGAUGAUCUGGGCGAAGGUGGAAAGGAGGGUGUCGCACGAGGUGUUCUUGAUAUCCUCUACCGAGCGGCCACCAAGACAUACCAUUCUACGCAGAUCUUGCGCAACCUUUUUGUUGUCCACGCGUCCCUCGCCGAGCCUGAACUGGCAUACAAAGCUUACGAUUCGUAUGUCGAAAUCAUCACACGCAACAAGGAUCGAUCAGAAAAGUCAGGCGAAGUGGAGGCGGGCAUUGACGACGAUAGUACCGUCAUGAGGACCUCCGCUGAGGCAAUCAGGAUGCUCUGCCGUUGGGGGUCUAGGCACGAUGCUGAGCGGGCUCUUGAGAUCAGCCACAGUAUCGAGCACUGGCUUGAACAGGCGGAUCACCUCAGGUCAAUGUCCGAUGCCGGCUCUGUCGCCUCUUCCGAGUCCGUGGUCGAACCUACAGCUCUAGCUGCUGCUUACUGUGCCAUCGGUGUCAGUCAGGCGCACUGGGCACGACUGACAUACGAAGUUGAGGCGCGUGCAAAGAUCCAGGCCAAAGCUAUACAAUACCUAAGGAAAUCAUUGUCACCGAGUCUCGGCGACGAACACAACGUGGAAGCCCUAUACGCACUGGCUUUAGUUCUAGCAGAGACACGAGAUAUCCCUGGAGCCAUCAAGGUUGCCAAACGUGCACUUUCUCCCUCGACAAAGGGUACGACUAUUAGUACAGAUGGAGUCAUUUCUGGUGGCAUUCCGACUGAGUUUGGACGCGAAAGAAAGCUAAUACCCGUAUGGCACCUUCUCGCUCUACUUCUCACAUCGCGAUCCGAGUUUUCCGCUGCUGAGAAGGCAUGCGAGGCAGCUUUCGAGCAGUUCGGUGAUCCCGCUAUCCUCUUCGGUCGUGAUUCGGGCGCUUUCCGAAGCGAACACCUCAACCAAGCUGCUGGGCAAGACACGCUCGAAUCAGGUGUUGUAGAUCGCAUGGAACGCUUCGAGAAGAGCAACAUACUGCAGAUUAAGAUGACGCAGCUGUCUUUGCUCGAGAUCACCGAUGGCGCCACCGCCGCAGUAGACGGGUGUGACGAACUUCUUGCGUUAUAUGGCAGACUGUUCGGUGACCCGGCAGCUGACAAAGUCAAGCCCGCACCUGAACCGGCAGCACUGGUGCCCCCAAAAAGUGCUGUGGGAGCUGGUCGAGGAAGUAUUUUCCGCGGACGAGGAUCAGUCAGAACAACUCAGCAAGAGACCGUCCCUCGGAAUACAUCUGCGGUCAGUGGGAACACAGCUACGACGAACCCAGAAGUGCCUCCUGCGAUUCAAGUCACCGACGACAAAGGUGCCGACCACGCUAACGGCCACCACCGUCACCAUCUAUUCCAUCACCACAAACAGAAUGAUGGUCAUGCAAGUAAAGAUCCCACAUCAGAGGUACCACCGCUUCCAGGAAUCCCUACAAAUGGCACACCCUCAAAGUCUCCGCACCCAACUUCUGUUUCUAGUCCCCCAAGGAAAUCCCUAGAAAGUGGUGAACGACCGUUGCGAGAUAUUCCUCACAACCUAGAUCAUGUCUCCCCACCACUGGGUCACGAAGAACAUCCUCCUAGACAAGACACCCGCUUACCUUCUCGCCUCCCGCAUGCAAGUUAUAUCCCUGCGGAUCCUUACUUCUCCAAAAUCCAAGAGCGUCGCCAGAAGGUUUCCUUAUUGGUCAGCAUAUGGAUCUUCAUCUCUGGGCUGUACCUAAGGGCGCACAUGUUUCAGGAUGGCCGGGAGGCUGUCGCUGAGGCAUUGAAGCUGGUGGAAGCGUUUGAGGCAGAGGUGUCAUUGGAAUCCUCAACAGCCAAGGCGCUCGUUGAAAAAGGAUGGGGUGGUGGUAAGAGUGUUGAAGAGCUGUGGGCUGACGUGUUCGCUGCUCGCGCAGAACAGCUCGUAGCCCAGUCGCUGAAGCAUGAAGCUCGUGUAGACUUUGAGCACGCUCUACAACAUUUCCCCGACCACCCUGAGGCCAUUGUCGGCCUGUCGAACAUUCUCUUAGACAUUUACACUGAGACCAUACCACUGGAGCCUGCCAAUGCCGACGGUGUUGUGCAUCCUUUACCACCAUCGGCAUCUCCCGACCAACCAAGCAUAACCAAAUCGAAGACACAAUACCUGACUUCGCACACGCCAUCAGUAGAGAACCAGCUCUCCUCCCCAGAGCUUACCCGUCUCGCCGCGCGAGACCGUGCAUACGGUCUACUGUCCACACUCACCAAGCUUGGUGCUGGUUGGGACUACUCCGAGGCAUGGUAUGCAAUGGCUAGGGCAUACGAGGAAAGUGGGCAGAUCGAUAAGACGAAGGAUGUGCUCUGGUGGUGUGUUGAACUCGAGGAUACGCAUCCGGUGCGUAGCUGGAAGGUCGUUACUACGGGUGGGUUUGUGCUGUGA